GAUACUUGCGGCGUCUCACUCAAACGUCCGUGGUUGAAAGUGGCAAAGGCGUUCAAGCCAGCGGAAGUAAACACCGCAGGGGCGUGGAUUUUCGCGAUCCUUGAAUCUCAUAGUGUCAAGGCUCGGGUCUUGUCCCUCAGACCCUCGGGACGACCCGGUCCCAGCGCAACUAUGAACUUGGAGCGGGUGUCCAACGAGGAGAAGUUGAACUUGUGCCGGAAGUACUACCUGGGUGGGUUUGCUUUCCUGCCUUUUCUCUGGUUGGUCAACAUCUUCUGGUUCUUCCGAGAGGCCUUCCUUGUCCCAGCAUACACAGAGCAGAGCCAAAUCAAAGGCUAUGUCUGGCGUUCAGCUGUGGGCUUCUUCUUCUGGGUAAUUAUACUCACCACCUGGAUCACCAUCUUCCAGAUCUACCGGUCCCGUUGGGGCGCCCUUGGGGACUACCUCUCCUUCACCAUACCCCUGGGUACCCCCUGACAACUUCUGCACAGGCCUGAGACCUGAUCAUUCUUCCAGGAUGGGAUCCUCCAUUCUCAGCUCACGCUCAAGCCCCAAAUACUUAUUCCCAUCUCCUAUGUUCUUUGUUGACAUCCUCCAAUAAAUAACUCUAAUUCUCUGUGUUGACUACUG